CUCUCACCACAUCUUCAACCUUCAGUAGUAACGAAAGCACUAUAACUACUGGAAACACAACAGCAGGAAAUACAACUGAAGUGUCAACAACUCUCACCACAUCUUCAACCUUCAGUAGUGAAGAAAGCACUACAACUACUGGAAACGCAACAACUGGAAAUACAACUGAAGAAACAGCUGCUCCCAGCGAUAUGAUAGUUAUGGUUGAUCAGUAUAUUAACGUAUUGAACUGCUCUCAGCAUCUUAACAGGUCUAUAAAUUCUUCUCAGUUUGUGAUGGUGGAGAACAUUUUCACCAAGGAACACUACCAGAAAGCUAGGGCAGUGCUAGAGGACAGCGAAAAUGCUUUUGUUUCUUCUGAGACAGUUGUUGAACAAUCAGGAAAUUUGACCUCUAAUUAUUCAUUCUAUUACAUGAGUAACAACGAAUUAAAUUUCCUGCAAUACCCAGAGCCGUACUCUGAUGAUGUAAAUGUAGGACCUGGUUUGGUAAUAAUUUUACCCAUGAUGUUACAAGAUGCAAAUGACUCUUCCAGUUACUACAUGCCAUUGCUGUUCAUUGGGGAAAUGAAAGCAGUGGCUUAUCCAAUUGUGCAGAUUGAACAGUUUAUUUUUUAUGAUCACGUGGGAACAACUUGUGAAUGUGACUCUCCUCCUUGCUAUUGCGCUUCUGAGACUCCUGUUGAUGAUCAUCCACUUCAAGUACCAGCUAUCAAGAACGCCAGCUUUAUUGAUAAGGAGGCCAAUGCUAGCAAGGUGAACAGCCUGAACUUAACAUCAGGAGAAAUGAAUCCACAUUUGGAGAUGCUUCUUGCUGUUCCUAUUCUUGAACGCAAAUACUUCCUUAAAGAAUAUGUAAUGGAGAAGAUGGAAGGUGAGCCGUGCACAUGUAAUACAACCACAACAACAAUAACAACUGAGAACUCAACUAUUUCGUCUACAUUGAUGUCAUCAACAUCAUCAUCUACUUUUUCAACUAUAUUGACAAGUGCAAAUACAACUUCAGAAUUAUCAACAGUGACAUCAGUUACAGAAACGGCAUCCUCGUCUGAAAUUCCAAGUCCAAAUUCAACUUCAGUAUCUUCUGAAAGUACAUUUAACGAAACUGCAUCAACGUCGUCAGGAACGCUGGCAACGAAUGAAUCGACGACCUCAGAUGAUGGGGAGAGUAAAUUACUCAAUGUAACAGCAUCAUCGACGACAGCAACUGUGGGAACGAAUGAAUCGACAACCACAGAGAUGGGAGUGUGCAAUCCCCAGCAAGAUCCCACAUGUCCCACUACAGCAACUACUAUUAAUACUACAGCAGAGUUCAACACUACGACUACGGAAUCCAAGUUAAGUUCAAAUGCCACAGAAGGAGUAUGCAACCCAAUAAAAGAUCCUACAUGUCCCACUGCUUCAACUACUAUCAGUACCACAUCAGAGUUCAACUCUUCUCUCACAGAAUCAAUGUGUCCCACUACAGCAACUACUAUUAAUACUACAGCAGAGUUCAACACUACGACUACGGAAUCCAAGUUAAGUUCAAAUGCCACAGAAGGAGUGUGCAAUCCAAUAAAAGAUCCCACAUGUCCCACUACAGCAACUACUAUUAAUACUACAGCAGAGUUCAACACUACGACUACGGAAUCCAAGUUAAGUUCAAAUGCCACAGAAGGAGUAUGCAAUCCAAUAAAAGAUCCCACAUGUCCCACUACAGCAACUACUAUUAAUACUACAGCAGAGUUCAACACUACGACUACGGAAUCCAAGUUAAGUUCAAAUGCCACAGAAGGAGUGUGCAAUCCAAUAAAAGAUCCCACAUGUCCCACUACAGCAACUACUAUUAAUACUACAGCAGAGUUCAACACUACGACUACGGAAUCCAAGUUAAGUUCAAAUGCCACAGAAGGAGUGUGCAAUCCAAUAAAAGAUCCCACAUGUCCCACUACAGCAACUACUAUUAAUACUACAGCAGAGUUCAACACUACGACUACGGAAUCCAAAUUCAAAUCAGUAGAUAUAAAUUACCACACAGGAAUUUGCCAAUCCAGGCAAGUCCACGUUGUCCUAACACUACAGCACCUACCUCAUGGCCAACAGCAGAGUUUUCCAAACACACCUUUUCAACAACAGGGCAUCGAAACAUUAGAUUCCAAUACCACUGAAGGAGGGGGGCAAGAUCCCAUGGUGUCCUACUACAACAACUACCAUCAACGCCACCAGGCAGAGUUCCAAACACCUCACACAAAUCGAAACAUUAAGGAUUCCAAUACCAAGAUGAAGUUAUGGGAUCCUAAAGAAAGAAUCCCACAUGUCCUAACCAACACGCAAACUACCAUCAAUGCCAACAGCUGA